AUGGAUACGUUUGUUGAAACAAAAUUGAAAGAGUGGGGCCUAUCUGAGCAACUUAAACAACAAUUGGAAGCAAAUCAAAUUAUUGAUCGAACGGCUUUCGAAAGUCUAACCGAGGGCGAUAUAAAGGAACUGAUUCCAGUUCUAGGAUUCAGAAAAAAAAUUAUUUCAAAAUACCAAGAAGAGCAAUUAGGAGAGGCAAUUUCUCAUCCUCUAAUUUUCUCUGUUUCUGAAAUACAAUCAGAUACAGCUAGUACUAGUAGUACUGUAACAGCAAUAAGCUCUCCUGCCAGCUCUAUAAGUUACAUAACUGACACGGAAGCUGAGUGCAUACAACCUGCUGGCCUAAGUAAUGAAAAUUAUUAG